AUGUAUGCUGUGUCUACUAGUGAUGAGGGUGACUGUUACCUGUGUGUUUUGCCUAGCCCGGGCAUUGAGGCUGCUGCUCUAGGUGCUGGUGAGGCUGCUGCUCUAGGUGCUAGUGCGUCUGCUGCCCCAGGUGCUGGUGAGUCUGCUAUCUCAGGUACCACGUCGGCUCAGGCCUUACACACCUUCACCCUUGACUCGGGUGCUUCCCGCUCCUUCUUUCGAGACCGCACCACGCUUACGCAGCUUAGUCGGCCGGCAGCCCCCUCUGGCACCCUAACAGGUCUCUACCUCCCCUCGUUCUCUACAAACUUGGUGAAUGGUCUUGAUCUACAGGAUCGGGGGGUUGACCAGUUCACUCCUGUGAGUCAGCGGGUGACCCAGUGUACGUGUGCUCGGACGGGCCGACACUUGGCCACGUUUACCCGUCGACCGGGGUCGAGCCUGUACACACUGACUACUGAGUCUCCUCCGGUUGCUGAGUCUGAUCAGGUAGCUGCGUCGAGUCAGGUGUUUGCUGCAGCGUCCAGGUUUGGUCCUGAGUCUGCUCCCUGCUCGUGUCGUCUCCUGUCCCACCAGACUCUCCUUUGGCACCACCGCCUUGGUCACCCCUCCGUGCCUCGUCUCCGAGGCAUGGCCUCCCGUGUCCUUGUCUCUGGUCUCCCACGGUCCCUCCCUCCCCUCCCUCCGGGGCCUGCCCCUACCUGCGUUCCCUGCGUCGAGGGGCGGCAGCGCGCCGCCCCUCACUCCUCCGAGUUUCCUCCGACAGAGGCUCCCCUGCAGACUCUUCACAUGGACGUGUGGGGCCCAGCCCCCGUCCGUGGCCAGGGUCAUGAGCGUUACUUCCUGUUGGUGGUUGACGACUACUCGCGUUACACCACGGUGUUCCCCUUGCGCAGCAAGGGUGACGUCACUAAGGUGUUGAUCGACUGGAUCGCAGCUCGUCUCCAGCUUUGA